GACGUGAGUGAGUCAAACUCAGAAACAAAGAAAGGGAGUUGGUGGUUGUUAUUUCGUAUGGCAACCCUACUCUCUUUCUUCUCAUCUAUUCCUCCAGCGCCUCCUCCUCCAUCUCUCUAUCAACGUCGUCGUUUUCUUCCUAUCACUUCAUUCCUUUUAUCUUCUCCCCCUCUUUGUCUCCCUUCCGUCUCGCAUAACUAUGGAAAACGCCGCACUAAUAAGAUCGUUUCUUCAUUAUCAUCGUCUUUUGAUGAUUUCGGCUCCGAGUCGAAUUUUAGCUCCGCUGGUUCCUCUAAGAAAUCGGUCCUCUUAGAUAUGAUACAAGAGAUUGAACCAUUGGAUGUGACACUUGUCCAAAAAGAUGUUUCUUCCACCACCUUGGAUGCAAUGAAAAGGACCAUCUCAAGCAUGCUAGGCUUACUUCCAUCAGACAGGUUUCAAGUUUCUAUUGAUGCUUUGUGGGAACCUCUCUCUAAGUUAUUGAUUUCUUCAAUGAUGACAGGGUAUACAUUGAGAAAUGCUGAAUAUAGGCUUUGCCUUGAAAGAAACCUUGAUAUAAAUGAAGUAAAUCAUGAAAGUCAGACACCUGAAAGUUCCAAAUUUGAUUUGCAAGAGAUGUUGCUUGAUAGUGAUAAAAUAGACGAACAAUCUGGGAAAAAAGACUUCUCAUCUGAACUUGAGAAAACUAUUGAUGACCCAUCUGAGGACAUUGAUAUUGAAGGCCUCAGUGAAAUUUCCCCUGAAGUUCAACGAUAUAUUCAUCAUCUUCAGUCUUGUUUAUCUGCAGCAAAAAAGGAACUCUAUGAAGUUAAGAGGAAAAGUGCUGCUCUUCAAAUGCAACGGUUUGUUGGAGAAGAAAAGAAUGAUUUGCUGGACUACUUAAGAUCGUUACAACCUGAGAAGGUAGCUGAACUAUCAGAGCCUACAUCCCCUGAAUUGAGAGAAACAAUCCACUCUGUGGUCCAUGGUCUCCUUGCAACCCUUUCCCCAAAAAUGCAUUCUAAAGCUCCCCCUUCAUUGGAGAACACCACAACUGGAGCAGUGAAUAUUGGGAGUGAAGAUUGUGCUGAACUUGUGGAAAAUACUUCACUUCAGUUCCAGCCACACAUUUCACUAUCUAGGGACUAUCUGGCUCGUCUUCUUUUCUGGUGCAUGCUGUUAGGACACUAUCUCCGAGGUCUAGAGUACAGGAUGGAGCUGACGCAACUUCUUUCAUUGACAAGUGAUGCUGCCAAUAAUUGUAUGUGAUGAUGGAUAAGUUGCUUGAGAUUUACUUUCUAUUACACACGCUUACAUCUGUACAUAGGGGAGUUGAUUGUUGUGUACAAAGUUUGUCUUCCAACAAGAAGCUGAAAGUGAUAUACAAGUUUUGGCCACUUAAGCUUUUGCGGAUGGAGAGUUUAUUAAUGUAUACAAGGGUAUGUCUUUAUUUGAAUUAUGGAUAUAUUACCAUAACAUUGAUUCUUUUUCCUUGCUUUUGCCAAAAUAAAAUUUUCAAUUUUCAUUUUA